CAAGAUAAAGUGUCAGAAAAAAGUCCAGGAUGCAGAGAAACAUGACAAUCACCCAUCUUCCCUCAUUUCUUCAGCUCUUGCGAAUCCUGUAGAUAAGAAGAGUAUAAAGACCACAAACUGCAGGUUUAUAUUAGUUGAGGAACCUGCUGUCCAGUCACCACGAUGCCGAUACCCAACUGCACCUUCAACUCUCUUGCAGCCAUUUUAACUGGUGACAGAGAACUCAGUGACUUAGGAUGCCCCGAUUCUGCUGUGGUGUGUGGAAUGAAUAUCUCCUGGGUGUUGACGAACGCCACUCAAGAAGAUCUGGAAGAAAAGCUUUGCUUGACUGAGGACAAGUACCUAUCCAAAAAUCUGGGGGAAUCAAAAUCCCCCAUGUUUCUCCCUGUCUGUGUCACUUACCUCACCAUCUUCAUCGUGGGUGUCCUGGGCAAUUCCCUGACCUGUUCGGUCAUUUUACGCUACAGGGUGAUGCAAACGCCAACCAAUUACUACUUGCUGAGCCUGGCUGCGUCCGACCUGCUGGUGCUGCUUCUGGGGAUGCCGUUAGAGAUCUACGAGAUGUGGCAGAACUACCCCUUCCUGCUCGGAGAAGGGGGAUGCUAUUUUAAAACCUUCCUAUUUGAAACUGUCUGCUUUGCUUCCAUCCUCAAUGUCACUGCGCUCAGCGUGGAGCGCUACGUGGCGGUGGUGCACCCCCUCAAAGUCAAGCAUUUGACCACACGUGCUCACGUUAAGAGGGUCAUCCUCAUGUUGUGGGGGCUGUCCAUGCUGUGCGCUUUGCCAAACACCAGUCUGCAUGGGAUCGAAGUGCUGCCGCCACAGUUUGGUCGACAGUUUCCCCGAUCUGCUAUCUGCCAUCUGGUCAAACCCAUCUGGAUGUACAACUUAAUCAUCCUGAUCUCCACGCUGGUCUUCUUCCUGCUCCCCAUGCUGAUCAUUAGCGUUCUCUACCUGCUCAUUGGCUUGAGGCUGCGCAGGGAGAGGGUGCUGACCACGGUGGAUACUAACUGUGGCUUCGGUUCUGAAAGUAUCUCCAGCUCCCACAAUCAGAGGCUGAGCAAACGAAAUGUGCAAGUAACCAAAAUGCUAUGUGUGCUGGUGGUUGUCUUUGGCCUGUGUUGGGCUCCCUUCCACAUCGAUCGCUUGAUGUGGAGCUACAUCAACAUAUCAUACGAGCAGCACCGCAGGAUCUUCGAGCAUGUCCACGUCAUCUCUGGAGUUCUCUUCUACCUGAGCUCCGCCGUCAACCCCAUCCUCUACAACCUCAUGUCCACCAGGUUCAGAGAAAUGUUUAGCCACAUUACCUGCUACUCUAACAGCUGGAGAGAACACUCGAGGAGCUUCCAGAUGACUCCACGCAGCACCCUGCGUGAAAAAACAUCCCAAAGUAACAAAACGACUUCUGGAGCCUUUUGAGCCUUUAGGAGACAAAGGAAGUAAAGGAAAAACUGAAUAAACAAGAGUUCUGCACCAAGCACCACUAACAUUAUGGAAAACGAUGUUCCUGCAUUCAUAUAGAUCUCGAACACAACCAGAAUCUGUGUCUUAGCAGCUGAUCUGACUCACAAUAAACACAAUUCACAGGCUAUUGCCCAAAAAACUACAAAUAUUACACUAAAAUCUGACAAAUACUGUAGGGGGAGCAGCAGGUCUUGUGAACUGUGGAUGGACAGAAACAGACGGUCCUUCAGCCGGAUGAGCUAAAAGAUGGUUCCUGAGGCUCCUCACCUUAAGAGAAAACAAGCAUAUUUCCCUCCUGCAUGCUUUUACUCUAUAAUCAUUUUUAUCAACAAGUCCCAGAGUGUAAAAAGAACAAUGACUGAAAUUACAUUCAGAGUGAAGACCAACAAGACCGCACACUGAGGUUACUGCACUGCCACAUAGAUGAUGCAGCAGCAUUUUUAUGCAUUGGCAACGCAUCCCAUCAAAUGCA